CUGGUGAAGCCCCAGCCUAUAUAAGUUACCGGCUUGCAAUGUUACUCCACCAGAUUUACGGACUCCGGAUAUCUGGGCGAGAAACGGCUCCAGCAGCAGCCGACUGACUCAAUCUCCGACCCGGAGAAAAGAUCCAUCCAGCCUCCGGUCCGCAACCUGAGCCAGGCGCUGUGGCGGAACCGCGGGGGGAAACCCGGGACAGGCAGGCGAAAGGAGAAGAGCAUACGUACUCUGGACAUGUGCUGAGAUGACACACCUGUGAACGCGCCUAAACUCUUUUGGGAAGGAGCCUCACACUUUUCUCAACUUGCACCCUAGUCUACACUUUCAGCGAAGCUCAGUAAGAGUCCUUAGCGUCAGUCACCACAAUGUAUCGGUCCACAAAAGGAGCGUCGAAAGCUCGAAGAGACCAGAUAAACGCGGAAAUUAGGAACCUGAAGGACUUGUUGCCCAUCUCCGAUGCGGACAAGUCUCGUCUGUCCUAUCUUCAUAUCAUGUCACUGGCUUGCAUGUACACGAGAAAGUCUGUCUUCUUUAGUCAAGAUACAGCUGCAGAUAGCAGUGCUGAGGAAACUACGGAAUUCCUCACAUUUCAUGAACUGAAUGAGUUGGUACAAAUGAUGCCAGGUUUUCUUCUGCUAUUGACUGGAGAAGGCAAGUUACUGUACCUGUCAGACAGCGUCUCUGAGCAUCUCGGACACUCAAUGGUAGAUUUGGUCGCUCAAGGGGACAGUGUGUACGACAUAAUAGACACUGCAGACCAUUUUAUUAUGAGGAGUAACUUGGUGCCUCCAACUUCACCUGACACAGAUCGUCUGUUCCGCUGCAGAUUCAACACCUCCAAAUCAGUGCGUAGGCAGAGUGCAGGCAAUAAGCUCGUUUUAAUCCGAGCCCGCUGCCUGUCACAAACUCCCACCGAGUCUUCCCCAGGAGCCUACUGGACUUCCAACCCAGUGUGGAUAUGUUUCUGUGCUCCUCUGGAGCCUCACACUUCCCAAGGUGGAACUGCCCCAGACAGAGAACCACCUUCAGCUCCAGCACUAGAGAGCAGCUUCUUCCUGCCAUGUUUCCAUUCUCAGCACAGCCGUGACAUGAGACUUCAGGAAGCACAAGACAGUGUGAAUGUUUAUUUGGGUCUAAAUGUGGAGACUCUGCGAUCCCAAUCUUGGUACAGCUUCCUGCAUCCUCAGGAUCUUUCACAUGCCUCAGCUCAGCACUGCAGCCUAUUAAAAGAGGGAGGAGAGGGCAGGGCUGAGAUGGUGGUCCGUGUAGAGACUGCAGAUCACUCAUGGGUCUGGCUUUACAUGGUCUUGCAGCUGGAAACUGGGGAAACCCCUAUUGUCAGUAACAAUUUCAUCAUCAGUGAGACAGAGGCUUGGUCAAUCAGGCAGCAGCUGAGCUCUGAACAAACCCAGCUUUCCUUGGUGCUGGGCUCAAGCACUUCCCAACAAGAAAGCCUAAGCUUACAGAGUCCAGAAACACUCUCAAGCCCUGACCAAGUGUUUACACCAGGAAGCAGUGGCCUCUCUGGUCAGUCAUUUGACUUCAGCACGGCCACAUGCAGUGCAGGAUCUACUGAGGAACAAGGUGGAAGCUCCUCAAUGGAGCCUGCACAACUGGAGAGUGGCCCACGUUCCAGUCUCUCCUCUUUGGAAGAGGAGAGCUUCUUCCAACAUGAGCCCAGUGAAACUGUGGCCAGUCCUUCUUCUGCAUCAUCUCCCAUUCCAGUCACGGUUGCAACAGUGUCUGACUUGGACUUCCUCACUCAGAAUAUUCUGCUGCCACCGGCAUUCCAAAUAGAUCCUCUUCUACCAGCCUUGCCCCUUCCUCUUCCACCUGUGCCUACCUCCCAGGCCCAACAGACCAAGGAGUUUGUGUGCACACCCCCAUACACACCUCAACUAGGUGGAAGCAGUUUCCCCUUUGGGGAACCUCAUUUUAGCUUUGAUCCUACCGGGGCUACCUCACCACCUCCCCUUGCUCCAACUGCAACAGUAACAACGACAAUGGCUCCAUCUCUUUCUCCAUCUGCGCCAUCAAACCCACAAAGCAGUCCACCUCCUCCAACGACAACACUCUCAACUAUUUUGCCUCUCAAUAUAACAUCUCCGACCACAGAGAUCCUCUUCCCAGUGGAGCCUUGUAGUGGGUCGCUCUAUGAGAAACUCCCUCCUACUCCUGACAGUCCAGGUGAUGGUGACUGUACAGUUAUGACUUUACCAGAAGUCCGUGGUCCACUGUAUGUUGACGUCCCCCAUGGGCCACUACCUUUUCCACCAGAAGGUCUCCUCACACCUGAAGCCUCACCUGGAAAACAGCCCAGUCUACCCUUCUUCUCCUCACUACGUGAGAGAGAAAAAGAGAGAAGGGAGAUCUCGCUUUUAGCCCAGCACAUCAGCACACUAGUAGAGGGCUUCUACCUAGAUCCACUCCUGACCAAGCUGGUUCCUUCCACCAUUUCUGAACGCUCUCAGUCUCCAUCUCUUGAUUCUGCGGGAACUGAUUCAAUCCCACUGUUGGGUGAAUUCUACCCACUGAAGUCCUGGAAAGGCCUGGACCUGCCCAUCUUCCCUGAUGAUGACUCUCUGUUUGAGGAGAGUGUCUUGGAGACCCUUCUGCAGGACCUCACGUCCUCCGCUCCCCUCUCACCGACACCCUCUUCCUACUCCCACUCCAGCACCCCCUCCUCCCCCUCCAGUCCUGAGUGCUGGUGCCCACCCUUGCACUUUGACGGGGUCUCUGCUGUGAGUGCCGGUCACUUCUGUAGCGUCCAAUCGGCGCACUGUAACAAUGAGGCCGGGCGAGGGGCUAUGAUGUCGCCAGUCAACACAGGCAACAUGGCAGAUGGGAAGGCGGCAGGUGAAGUUGCUAUGGAGACAGAGGUAGCAUCAUCGCCUCUGUUCACGGGCAUACCAACAUCUCCACCACUGCAGCUGACUGCCUCCCCCACCACCCCAGUUUUGUUGCCUGUCUCUUCGCCUGUCAGCCCCGCAUCGCCCGGCCUGCCCUGCGCCCAGUCCCUCCUCGAGGAGCUGGCCGCCCUGGAACCCAUGUUUGGGGCAGGUGCCUCGAUCACCCCCGGCUUGGGGCAACAACCUGAGUUGUAUCAACUCCAAAUUCAUGCACCGCAACAGUGCUUCCGCAAAGAUGGGAGUGGAAGUGAUCCUCCGUUCUAAAAUAAGUCUGUGACUUACUUCAUUAAGUAUGGCAUAUUGUCAUAUUUCAUGGAGCUACUUUUGCUGAAAAGUGAAUAUUAAUUAACUAUAUAAAUAUAUACAUAAUGUAUAUAGUGCCAAAAAAGACUUGAACUUCCUCAAAUCCAUGGAGAGUAAAUCAUCAUGUUCACAAUUGUUCAUCUAAUUAUCCAUUCAUUUGUGUUAAUAAUGGUGCAACCCUUUGGUAGCAAUGCAAUAUACUAGUCUUAAACAAGUCCUAAGAGGACUAAGAGAUCAAUUUAUGUCUUUCUGCUAUAAUGUAACAUGAGCUUAUGAGUGAGAGUUACAGCUCUGACUUUGUAAGUGUAAACUGACUUACAGACUUGCAUUUGUAUUCACCUUGUAGUGAAAAACCUCAGUUGUGAACUUUGAGGACAUGAAAAAAGAUUAACCUUUUAGUAAGAAACAACAGAGAGCUCAACGCUUGUCAUCCAGCAUCAUACACACAAAGCCCAAUGUGUGUA